AUGUAUGUUUAUAAGAGAGAUGGACGUAAGGAGCGCGUUCAAUUCGAUAAAAUCACAGCUCGUGUAUCGAGACUGUGUUAUGCCCUCGAUCCUGAUCACAUAGAUGCUGCUGCCAUCACUCAAAAAGUCAUUUCUGGUGUCUACCAAGGUGUAACAACCAUUGAACUUGAUAACCUUGCCGCAGAGACUGCUGCAUAUAUGACCGUCACCCAUCCCGAUUAUGCCAUUCUAGCUGCUCGUAUUGCAGUCUCCAACCUCCACAAACAAACCAAGAAACAAUUCUCGCACGUCAUUCGCGAUUUACACCAAUACACAAACCCAAAAAAUGGCACGGCAUCUCCCAUGAUUAGCAAGGAAACUUUCGACUGUGUUAUGAGACACGAGGAGGAACUUAAUUCUGCUAUUGUCUAUGACCGAGAUUUUAACUACCAAUACUUUGGGUUCAAGACCCUCGAGCGAUCAUAUCUUCUCCGCCUUGAUGGCAAAGUUGCAGAACGUCCACAACAGAUGAUUAUGCGUGUUGCCGUUGGUAUUCACGGUGAUGAUAUUGAGAGUGCUAUCGAAACAUACAACCUGAUGUCAAAUAAGUAUUUUACACAUGCUUCUCCAACACUUUUCUCCGCGGGUACUCCACAGGCACAACUUUCAUCAUGCUUCCUCAUCGACAUGAAGGCGGAUAGUAUUGAUGGCAUUUACGACACUUUGAAGAUCUGUGCUAUGAUCUCAAAGAAUGCCGGUGGUAUUGGUCUCAACAUUCAUAGAAUCCGUGCUACUGGUGCAUACAUUGCCGGUACCAACGGAAACUCUAACGGUAUUGUUCCUAUGCUCCGAGUUUUCAACAACACAGCCAGAUAUGUUGACCAAGGUGGUAACAAGCGUCCUGGUGCUUUUGCUGUCUACCUUGAGCCAUGGCAUGCGGAUGUUUUUGAGUUCCUUGAUUUACGUAAGAAUCAUGGUAAGGAAGAAGUUCGUGCACGCGAUCUCUUCUACGCCUUGUGGAUUCCUGAUCUAUUCAUGAAGCGUGUUGAAAAGAAUGGAGAAUGGACUCUUAUGUGCCCCAACGAAUGUCCAGGUUUGGCAGAUGUUUAUGGGGAUGAGUUUGAGGCUCUCUACGAGAGUUACGAGAAGGCGGGCAAGGGUCGCAAGACUAUCAAGGCUCAAAAGCUUUGGUACUCUAUUCUCGAGGCUCAGACCGAGACGGGAAAUCCUUUCAUGCUCUACAAAGAUGCAUGCAACAAGAAGAGCAACCAAAAGAACCUUGGUACUAUUCGCAGCUCCAACUUAUGCACAGAAAUCGUCGAGUACUCUGCACCAGAUGAGGUCGCCUGCUGUAACUUGGCUUCUAUCGCUUUGCCAACUUUCGUCAACAUGAAUGAGGGAAUCUAUGAUUUCCAAAAGCUUCACGAGGUCGUCCAAGUUGUUGUCAGAAACUUGAACAAGAUCAUUGACAUCAAUUACUAUCCAGUCCCAGAAGCCAGAAAGAGCAAUUUCCGUCACCGACCUAUCGCUGUCGGUGUUCAAGGUCUCGCUGAUGCUUUCUUGGCUCUUCGUCUUCCAUUCGAUUCCCCAGAAGCCAAACACCUCAACACUCAAAUCUUCGAGACCAUCUACCACGCCGCCUUGACCUCAUCGGUCGAGAUUGCAAAGGAACUUGGCCCAUACGAAACCUAUCAAGGCUCCCCAGUCUCUAAGGGUGAACUUCAAUACGAUAUGUGGGGUGUCACACCCACUGAUUUGUGGGAUUGGGACUCUUUGAAGCAAUCCAUCAAGCAACACGGGAUCCGCAACUCUCUACUCGUUGCGCCUAUGCCUACUGCUAGCACAUCCCAAAUCCUUGGCUUUAACGAAUGUUUCGAACCUUACACAUCAAACAUCUACUCCCGUCGUGUUCUUGCUGGAGAAUUCCAAGUUGUCAACCCAUGGCUUCUUAAAGACCUCGUCGAUAUGGGACUCUGGUCUGACAACAUGAAGAAUCGUAUUAUUGCUGAUGGUGGAUCUAUCCAAAACAUCCCCAAUAUUCCAGCUGACAUCAAGGCCCUUUACAAAACCGUUUGGGAAAUUUCUCAACGAACAAUUGUUCAGAUGGCUGCUGAUCGUGGUGCGUUUAUUGAUCAAUCUCAAUCAAUGAACAUUCACAUGAAGGAUCCUACAAUGGGCAAAAUCACAUCUAUGCAUUUUGCUGGUUGGAAAUUAGGCUUGAAGACCGGAAUGUACUAUCUCCGUACCAUGGCUGCUUCGGCACCCAUUCAAUUCACUGUUGAUCAAGAGGCUCUGCUUGUAGCUGAUACUAAUGUCGCUCGCGAACGUACUCAGAAGAAGCGCACUUUGCCAUCUUCGGGUUAUAUCUCGAGUGCGUCAUCAACCAGUGGUGGCGGCCCAAAACCUAUGUAUGCAGGUAAAUCAUCAACAUCGUCCAUUAGUACACCAAAGGAUAUACCAACACCAAGCAUUACUCCACCUCCUGCAGCAACCAAGGAGCAACAUACACCAGUUGCUAAGACACCUUUCAAGGCCGAUGUAGAGGAAGGUGACAGCCCCAAGGCGCUCGCCACUGAACCUACCGAGGCAGUUCCUAAGGAGGAAGAAUUACUCGAACCAAGUGUUGAGAAGAAGAAGCAGGAUGAGGAUGAAGGCAAGGAUAGUACCGAUCGAGAGUUUGACAUUUAUGCUGAUGCCAAAUUGCAAUGUAGCAUUGAUAACAAAGAGGAAUGUAUGAUGUGCAGUGGUUAG